CGUCCCUUUCCUGAGGUAAAAAAGGGUCCGUCGUCGUCGUCGCUGCCCGAAUUCCCGGUGGCCGAAAGCCGCCGCCGCCGCCAUCAUGGGGAAAUCAUUCGCCAAUUUCAUGUGCAAGAAGGACUUCCACCCGGCCUCCAAGUCCAAUAUCAAAAAGGUAUGGAUGGCAGAACAGAAAAUAACUUACGACAAAAAGAAACAAGAAGAGUUAAUGCAGCAAUACCUUAAAGAGCAGGAAUGUUAUGAUAACAGAUUGCUUAUGGGUGAUGAGCGUGUGAAGAAUGGUCUAAACUUUAUGUAUGAGGCCCCACCAGGAGCAAAGAAAGAGAGCAAAGAGCAAGAAGGAGAGACUGAGUACAAAUUUGAAUGGCAGAAGGUAGCUCCACGUGAAAAAUAUGCUAAGGAUGACAUGAACAUUAGAGACCAGCCAUUUGGCAUCCAGGUGAGGAAUGUGAGGUGCAUUAAAUGUCACAAGUGGGGCCACGUGAACACAGACAGAGAAUGCCCUUUGUUUGGCCUUUCUGGGAUUAACGCAAGCUCUGUUUCCAAUGAUGGCUCAGGGCCAUCAAUGCACCCCUCGGAGCUAAUAGCGGAGAUGAGAAACAGUGGGUUUGCACUGAAACAAAAUGUACUGGGGAGAAACUUGACCGCAAAUGAUCCAUCACAGGAAUUUGUUGCAAGUGAAGGGGAAGAUGAUCCAGAAGUGGAAUUUUUGAAAUCCUUGACAACUAAGCAAAAACAAAAACUUCUGAGGAAACUGGAUCGCCUGGAGAAAAAGAAGAAGAAGAAGAAGAGAGAUAGAAAGAAGAAAAAGCAGCAGAAGAGAAAAAGCAAAAGUAAACACAAGAAACAUAAGAGCAGGUCCUCUUCCCCAUCCUCCAGUGACUCUUCAGAAAGCAACAGUGAUAGUGAGACUGACAGCCGAGAUAAAGCAGCACAAAAGAAGAUGGAUUCUAAGGAAAGAAGAAAAGCCAAGUUUUCAGAGGCUAGCAGCAGUGAUUCUGAAGAGAAGGCGAAGACUAAGGGAAAACUUUAUGAAGAUCCCUCCAGCAGUCAUGGUAACAAGGACAAAGAUAGAGAGAAGUGUGGACUUUUAAAGCAAGAUAGUUCUGGAGGGAACAACAAAUGGAGCUCCUCUGAGAGCAGAAGAAAGCCCACAACAAGCAGAAAUGAUAACACAGAGAAGAGGAGAGAAUCUGAAAGGUAUGGGAGCGGAAGCAGGAGCCAGAGCAAGGAGGAAAGGAGCGGGAGAGACGUUGACAGGAGGUACAGGACUUAUAGCCCGAAUGAGGAGCGGCACAGGAAAAGUGAAGCGAAAAGCUGCAGCUCAGACGUGCGCAGAGAGCAACACAGAGAGAGCUACAGAGACAAAUACAGUAAAAUGGAGCGCAGAGAGAGAAGCAGGAGCAGAGAGAGGCAAAAAUAGAUAAUGUGGGUGGCAGAUGUACUGUUUGCAUCUUUUUUUGAACUCCUUUAGUAAGGGCUCCUAACAUACACCUCUCGUUCUUUCAGAUUGACUGUUCCCAGUAAAUUGUCUGUCUCUCUCACUUCAAAUAACCCUUUGCAUUUUUUAUAUAUGUUGCAAACAUGUACAGGCUUCAAAACAUGAAGGAAUUAUUAACAAAAUAAAUGUGUCUUCAGUUUGUGUAGGAAA